CUGAAUAUAACAGCUCUAGGGAGUUAAUAGCUGUACGGAGUUUGCGCGAGCUAGUGAACAUUUUACAUUACAAAGGUAUAUUAACAAAAUGAGGGCACAGAUUCAAAAGGCCCCCCAGAUUUUAGAAUUCUUGAAAAAUAAAUCGGUGGGGAUGCAACACUGCAAGACAACGUCCUCAGUUUGCGUGCUAGACUCAAAGGAUGCUGUGCAGGUUGCACCUUGUGGACACAGUCUUAACUCUAUUCCGGGACCCACAAACUGGCCCCUGGUGGGCAGCUUGAUCGAACUGCUCCGAAAAGGGGGGUUGAAACGGCAACACGAGGCAUUGAUUGACUACCAUAAAAAGUACGGGAAAAUCUUUAGAAUGAAGCUUGGAUCAUUUGAAUCGGUGCACAUUGGCGCGCCUUGCCUGCUGGAAGCGCUCUACAGAAAGGAAAGCACCUACCCGCAGCGACUUGAGAUCAAACCCUGGAAAGCAUACAGAGAUUUGAGAAACGAGGCAUACGGACUCCUUAUUAUGGAGGGGGAAGACUGGCAGAGAAUGAGGAGCGCGUUUCAGCACAAAUUGAUGAAACCUACGGAGGUUAUGAAACUUGACGGGAAAAUAAAUCAGGUUUUAGCUGAUUUCGUUGAAAGAAUUGGAAGAGUGAGUGACAACGGACGGAUCAAAGACUUGUAUUUCGAACUGAACAAAUGGUCCUUUGAAACCAUUUCCUUGGUUCUGUACGACAAGAGAUUUGGACUCCUGCACCAGGAUGUGAACGAAGAAGCCGUAAACUUUAUCACGGCAGUAAAAACAAUGAUGAGCACAUUUGGCAAGAUGAUGGUGACCCCAGUGGAGCUCCACAAGAGUCUGAACACCAAAACAUGGCAAGACCACACGGCCGCCUGGGACCACAUAUUCAGCACAGCAAAACUGUACAUAGACAAGCGACUGAAACGAAAAAUGACCAAAUCCACAGACGACUUCCUGUGCGACAUCUACCGCCGCAGCAACAUCUCCAAGAAAGAGCUGUACGCCGCCACCACCGAGCUGCAGAUCGGGGGGGUGGAGACGACUGCCAACAGCAUGCUGUGGGCCAUUUUCAACCUCUCCCGCAACCCCUGUGCCCAAGCAAAGCUGCUGCACGAAAUUCGGGAGGUGAUCCCCGUCGGUCAGUCCCCCAGUGCUGAACACAUUAAGAGAAUGCCCUAUCUCAAGGCCUGCCUCAAAGAGUCCAUGCGGUUAUCCCCCUCUGUACCGUUCACCAGCCGGACAUUAGACAAACAGACAGUGCUGGGGGAUUAUGUCUUACCAAAGGGAACAGUGCUGAUGAUCAACAGCCACGCCCUGGGCGUGAACGAGGAGUACUUCGAUGACGGCAAGAAAUUCAAGCCCGAGCGCUGGCUGCAGAGGAACAACACAAUCAACCCGUUCGCUCAUGUGCCCUUUGGGAUUGGCAAGAGGAUGUGCAUCGGGCGCCGGCUGGCAGAGCUGGAGCUGCAGCUCGCCCUGUGCUGGGUGAUAAGGGAAUUUGAAAUUGUGGCAACGGAUCACGAACCAGUGGAAGCUAUUCACUCCGGAAUGCUGGUCCCCAGCCGCGAAUUGCCUGUGGCCUUUAUCAGACGAUGAGGUGUCUGUCAAUGAUCAACAUCAUACUAAGGAGAGGAUGCUGUUGCCAACCUGCAGACAUCUCUCUGUAUGCAUAUCUCCUCUUGAAGAAUAAUGACGAACAAGAGAAAAUAAAGCAGUUAUAAAACCAGACGCACAUUAUAGCCCCCAACUCAAAUAGCAUGGCCUCUAGUCAAUUGGUUGUUACAUGCCAAACAUUUGUUUCAAUAUUUGUUUAAAUACAUUACUCAAGCCCAUGGUUAAACUGCUUUGUGGUUGGGCUGUCCAACUUUAGGAUAAAUCCUCAGUUCUUGACCAAGAUAAUGAAUGUUUUUUUCUCACAGUUGUAUAUAAAUGUGCCUCUUAAUAUUUAAACAUUCAAAAGUAAUAAGUACUAUAUCUAAUACUUUCCUAUAUAAUUUCUCAC